AUGGCUUCUGAGUACGAGAUGGGCCACAUCCGCCAGCUGCAGGCUCAGCACAUGCAUAUGCAAGAGAAGACUUUCACCAACUGGGUCAAUAACAUCUUUCGGCUUGGCCGGGUGAGCAUUAAGAUCCAGAACCUGUACACAGAGCUGGCCGAUGGCACCCACUUACUACGGCUGCUGGAGCUCAUCUCUGGAGAGGUCCUGCCAGCACCUAGCCGGGGCCGCCUGCGAGUGCAUUUUCUAGAGAACAACAGCAGAGCUCUGGCCUUCCUCAGGGCCAAGGUACCGAUACCCCUCAUUGGGCCAGAGAACAUCGUGGAUGGAGACCAGACCCUCAUCCUAGGACUCCUCUGGGUGAUCAUUCUGCGUUUUCAGAUUUCUCACAUCUCCUUGGACAGGGAGGAGUUUGGGGUCAGCGCAGCCCUGCUAUCGGCCAAGGAAGCUCUGCUCAUCUGGUGCCAGCGGAAGACAGCCGGCUACACCAAUGUGGACAUCACUGACUUCUCUCACAGCUGGAGUGACGGGCUGGGUUUUAAUGCCCUUAUCCACGCCCCCAGGCCAGACCUGCUAGACUACAGCUCUCUGCGUCCGGACUGCCCACUGCACAACCUCACUUGUGCCUUCCAUGUGGCUGAGCAGGAGCUGGGCAUUGCUCAACUGCUGGACCCUGAGGAUGUGGUGGGCCAACAGCCAGACGAACGCUCCAUCAUGACUUACGUCUCCCUCUACUACCAUUACUUCUCCCGCCUACACCAGGGGCAGACUGUCCAAAGGAGACUCACUAAGAUCCUGCUUCAGCUCCAGGAGACAGAGGUUCUGCAGACACAGUACCAGCAGCUGGUGGCUGACCUGCUCCACUGGAUCACAGAGAAGCAGACACAACUGGAGGUGCGGGACUUUCCAGACUCCCUGCCUGCCAUGCGCCAGCUACUGGCAGCCUUUGCCUCCUUCCGUGCCCAGGAGAAGCCACCUCGUCUGCAGCAGCGAGGGGCCACAGAGGCCCUACUCUUCAAGCUGCAGACAGCACUCCGAGCCCAGAACCGCAGACUCUUCCUGCCUCAGGAGGGCCUUGGCCCUGAAGAGCUGUCCCAGCGCUGGGCAGGGCUGGAGCGAGCAGAGGCCGCCCGGAGCCAGGCCCUGCAGCAGAGGCUACUACAACUGGAGCGUCUGGAAACACUGGCCCGUCGCUUCCAGCGCAAGGCAGCCCUCCGGGAGAGCUUCCUAAAGGAUGCAGAGCAGGUGCUGGACCAUGCCAGAGCCCUGCCGACCAGCCCAGCCACAGUGGAGGCAGCCACCCAGAGGUUGGGCAUGCUGGAGGCUGGCAUCCUGCCCCAGGAGGGGCGCUUCCAGGCCCUGGCUGAGAUCGCAGACAUUCUCCAGCAGGAGCACUACCAUGGCUGGGCAGAUGUGGCCCGCAGGCAUGAGGAGAUUACCCAGCGCUGGGAAAGGCUCCUUCAGCAUUUACAGGAACAUAGGAAGCAGAUGGCAGGUGUGCAGGCUGUGCUAAGCCUUCUGCAAGAAGUGGAGGCUGCCUCCGACCAGCUCCGGGAGCUGCAGGUGCCAGCCAGCUCCAUGACCUGUGAGCAGCAUCUGGCAGAAGUAGUAGAGCUGCUGCAGAGACAUGACCUGCUAGAGGCCCAGGUCUUCAACCACGAGGCCCAUGUGAGUCAUCUUGCCCAUCAGACUGCAGAAUUAGACUCCUCCCUGGGGACCAGUGUGGAGAUGCUGCAGGUCAAGGCCAAGGCCAAAUCAUUGGCCCAGCUCUACCAGAGCCUGAUAUCUCUUGUCAGGGCCAGGCGGACCAUACUGGAGCAAACCCGACAGUGGGCAGAGUUCCUGAACAACUGUGAGGAGGAGGAGGCCUGUAUGAGGGAACUCGGAGAGCAGGUGGAGAAUUUGUCCCUGAGUGGGGACCUCAGUCAAAUCGCAGUCGCCCUGCAGAAACACAAGACCCUGGAAGCUGAGCUCCACCGCCACCAGGCUGUGUGCAUGGACCUCAUGCAGAGGGGGCACGAUUUCAGCGCCGGGGUAUCCCCGACGCAGCCAGAUCCCAGGGAGCGGGCCGAGGCUGUGCAGAGAAAGUGGCAACUGAUCUGGACUCGGUUGGAGAAGCGGGGUUUGAGGCUGCAGACAUCCCUGCUCCUACGGCAGUACUUGGCUGAUGCUGCGGAGGCGGCCGCGUGGCUGCGCGAAUGGCGGCCCCAGCUGGAGACUGCGUUUUGUGGUGAGGACCAGGCAGCCGCCGAGGCCCUGCUACUGCGCCACCAGCGUCUGGAGCGCAUGGUGCGCUCCUUCGCGGCGGAGUUGCGGCGGCUGGACGAGCAGGCGCGGGCCGCCGCGGCUCGGGCAUCACUUAGGGUGAGCGCCCGGACCGGGAAGGGACCCAGACUCGCGCGCUUCCAAGACCAAAUGUGUAGUUUCUGCUCUGCACCUAUGUCCCAUACAUCACCGCCACACAGAGAGCGACUAAUGGAAGGUCUUUGCGGUGCUGACCGGAGAAUCCUGUCCUCACCCUGGCCCUGGGUGUGGGCAUGUCCCUCCAUCCUUAGGCACUUGGAGGAGCCUUCAGAAUGCUGGAGCAGAAUUGAUGAAGACACAAUUGGGGGACCCCAGAAUGGGACCCAAAUCUUAGCAACACCAGGCAGCCAGCACUCAUGCUCCCAGGUCCAGAUGUACUUUAUCUCCAAAGGAUCAAGAUUCACCUGGCUCUCAGGAGUGGCCCUGGACACCCCAGAGCUGAAGGACUGGGGAGACUGCCAGGCCAAGGUGCCUAUCGGUCAUGGCAUGGAGCAGGAGCCCCAGGUGGUGUCUUCCCUGAGCCCUUCAGGGAAAGGCCCAAGCAUGGCUCUCUCUACUGAGUCUGACCUAGACUUUGACCCCAACACCAUACUCCAGACACAGGACCACUUGAGCCAGGACUAUGAGAGCCUGCGGGCUCUGGCAGAGCUCCGCAGGGCCCGGUUGGAGGAGGCAGUGGCUCUGUUUGGCUUCUACCGCUCCUGUGGGGAGCUCCAGUCCUGGCUAGAGGAGCAGACAGUGCUGUUCCAAAUGCUGCAGCCCCAGGCCAACAACUUGGAGGUCAUGCAAUCCAAAUAUGAGAACUUCCUUAUUACCCUGGCUGUGAGAAAGGGCCACUGGACUGAGGUCAACAACUCUGCUGAGCAACUGAAGCAGAGAUGUCCCGGGGACUUCACAAAAAUCCAGCAACAACAAGAAGACCUGCGCCAGAGGUGGGGCCAGCUGGAGGCCCUGAAGAAGGAGAAGGGCCUGCAGCUGGCACGCAGUAUGGAAGUGUGCAGUUUUCUGCAGGAGUAUGGACACACACAGGCCCAGCUGCAGGACAUGCUUCUCCAACUGGAGGCCGUGGAGCCAGAGAGCUCUGAGGACAGCCACCGUGCCCUGCUGCUGACCCAGCAGAAGGUCCUGGUGCUGGAGAGGAGGAUCCACAACCUCCAGAGAGUAGCUGUAAAGCUGGAGGAGUCAGGCCCUGCAGAGAGCCAGCCCCUGCAGGAACAGAUGGAGAUGCUGCAGGGGCUGCUGAAGCAAGCACAGGGGCAGGUGACCCAUCAGGCCCAGGUGUGGGCCGAGGCUCAGGCUCGGCAGAGCUUUCUGCAGAAGAGCCGGCAGCUGCUGCUGUGGACAAAGAGUGUCCAGGCUCGACUGCGUUUCGAGGAGGAGCUGGUGGAUGCAGCCUCAGCCCAGCGGCUGCUGAGGGAACAUGGAAAGCUGCAGGAGGAGAUCCAUCUACAGCAAGAAAGGUUACAGCAACUGGAAGCUCAGGGCUGGCCCAUGGCAGCCUUGGACUCCCUACAUUCCCAAGAGGUGGCCAGUGCUCUGCAGCUCCUGGGCCAGUGUAGCCAGGAGCUGAAGACUACAUGGGAGCAGAGACAGCAGAGGCUGCGGGAGGGACUGCAGUUGCACAAGUUUGGCCAAGAAGUGGAUGUUUUCAUUACCACCUGUACCAACCAUGAGACCUUCCUAUGCCUGGACAACCUGGGGGAAGAUAUGAGGGAUACCCAGAGCCUGCUGCAGCAGCACCAGGUCUUUGAGUGGCUCCUGGGAACCCUGGGCCUUCGAGCAGAGGCUCUGCAGGCCCACGGCAAGAAACUGGUUCAGAACAAACACCCUGCUGCGCACAAGGUCAGAGAGCAGCUGCAGAGUAUCCAGGUGCAGUGGACCAAGGUCCGGGAGAGGAGUGAGCAGAGGAGGAGGCAGUUGCUGGCUUCCCUCCAGCUUCAGGAAUGGAAGCAGGACGUGGCGGAGCUGAUGCAGUGGAUGGAGGAAAAGUCAAUGGCAGCACAUGAGCCCUCCCAAGCACCCAGCAACACUCUGCAGAAAUUGAAGCAGCUUGAAGCAGUUGAGAGGGAGCUACUGGCCACCCAUGGGCAUAUGAAGGGCCUACAACAGGCUGGCAGAGAGCUGUUGUGCAGCAGUCCACAUGCCCAGGAAGACAUACAGUCCAGGCUUCAGGGCCUAAGGCACAAAUGGGAAGAGCUGAAUCACAAGAUGGCAGAGCGUGGAGAUGAGCUGCAGCAGGCUAGACAGCAGGAACAGCUCCUGGGGCUGCUGCAGGAAGCCAAGGAAAUGAUGGAGCAGCUAGAGGGGGCCCUACAGAGUGCAGAAAUGGGGUCAGACCUGUGUUCAAUCCGAAGGCUGCAGAGACAGCACUGCCGAUUGGAGGGUGAAAGUCAGGCCUUGGCCAGCAAGAUGGCUGCCCUCACCUCCCAGGCCCACAGUGUGGUCACUUCCCAGACCAUCUUAGAGGAGAUCCAGAAGUGCCAACAGAGGUUCAAGUCCCUGGAGGGCCAUCUGGCCACCCAGUACCUGCAGUUGCAGGCCUCAUUUGAGCUAUAUGAAUUUGACCACCUGAGCAACCUGGAGCUCACAUGGGUGGCUGAGCACAUGCCCAGGACCAGUUCCACCAGCUGUGCCCAAUGCUGGGAUAGUGCCCAGAGCCUUCAAGACAAGCACAAGGAACUCCAAGCUGAGGUGAGAGCCCACCAAGGGAAGGUGCAACAGGUGCUGGGUUCCGGCAGGAGCCUUGUGUCCUCUGGGCACCCCCAUGCUCAGCACAUUAUGGAGCAAUGCCAGGAACUGGAAGACCGUUGGGCAGAGCUAGAGCAGGCGUGUGAGGCACAGGCGCACUGCCUGCAGCAGGCUGUCACUUUCCAGCAGGUAGGAUGGAGAAAGUCCAGAGUCAGGGGAGGGCAGGCCCUGCUGCUGGUGAGCACGGUAUCCUCAACCGUACUUCUCCAUGCAUCAGAGCUAGAGGGCUGGGUACAGGAGAAGCAGCCACUAGCAAGCAGUCAGAACUGCGGCACGGAUGAGGCAGCAACCUUGGAGCUCAUCAGGAAGCAUCAGGUGCUGCAGCAGGAACUAGCUCUUUCUUGGAGCUCCAUGGAGGAACUUGACCAGAAAGUCCAAACUCUCACUGGUCCAGAGGCCCCUGAGCAGCUGGGUGUAGUGCAGGAGAGGCUCCGGAAGCAGUUGCGGGUGCUACAGGAGCUGGUAGCCUCACGGGGCCAGGAGCUGGAGGAGACCCUGAGGCUGCAUGAGUUCAUGAGGGAGGCCGAGGACCUGCAGAGUUGGCUGGCCAUCCAGAAGCAGGUGGCCAGAGGAGAGGAGAACCUUGGAGGGGACUAUGAGCAUGUGCUGCACCUCUGUACCAAGUUUGCAAAGUUUCAGCAUCAGAUAGAGAUGGGUGGCCAGCGGGUGGCAGCCUGUCAGCAGCUGGCAAAGAGACUGCUGGAACAUGGGCACAGCGCUGCCCCCAAGGUCCAUCAGAAGCAGCAGGAUCUGCAGGCUGCCUGGUCAGAGCUGUGGGAGCUGACCCACACUCGAGGCCAACUGCUCCAAGAUGCCAAGACCACCCUCAGAGUUCAUGGAGAUCUGUUGGAAGCCCUCACCCAGAUCCAGGAAAAGGCCAUGAGCCUCCCCAGUGAUGUGGCCCAGGACCUGCAUGGCAUAGAGGCCCAACUGAGGAGACAGGAGGGAUUGGAGCGUGAACUUGCCAUCUCUGAGCAGCAGCUGCAAAAACUGCUGGAGGCUGGAGGCAGGGUGCAAAAGCUGUGUCCAGGGCCUCAGGCCCACGCCAUGCAGCAGAGGCAGCAAGCUGUGAUGCAGGCCUGGAAGGCUCUGCAGUCCCAAGUGGAGCAGCGCAGGGCCCACCUGGAGCGGGCAUGCCUCCUGGCCCGAUUCCACACAGCAGUGCAGGACUACACUUCCUGGGCAGCUAGCAUGAAGCAGGAACUGCAGGUAGAAGAGAGCUCCCAGGAGCCCAGCAGCAGCCUGCUCAAGCUCAGGACUCAUGAAUGGCUUCAGGCAGAGCUGGAGGCCCGGGAGGAGCUGCGACUACAGGCCUCCCAGUUGGGCCAGCAAGCGCUUCUGACUGUAGGGACACCCACCAAGGAGGUCCAGGAUGGGCUACAAGCCCUGCAGGAAGAGCGAAACCAGGUGUUUCAGGCCUGGUUGAAGAAGCAAGAGAGGCUACAGGCUGCACACCAGGAACAGCUCUUCCUCAGACGGUGCCACCACCUGGAGAAGAUCCUCACAGCACAGAAGAUAUCCCUAAAAACCUGUGCCCUGGGCAACUCGGUGGAAGAGGUGGAGCACUUGAUUCGCAAGCAUGUGAUCUUCCAGAAGGUGCUGACUGCCCAGGACAAAAAGGAGGCUCUUCUGUGUGAGCAGCUGAAGAUGCUCCCAGACACCAAGGGACAGGACGUGCUUCACAGUGUGCUGGAGCUCUGGGCUCUAGUGAAGGAGCUGGCAGAGAGCCAAGGACACGCCCUGCACUCCUCCCUGCUGAUAGCCAGCUUCACCAGGGCUGCGACCCAGGCUGAUGACUGGGUUCAGGACCGGGCACAGCAACUGAGAGAGCCGAUCCCUCCUGGGGACCUGAAAGAUUAUUUGAAGUACCUCCAGAAACACAAGUCCUUUGAGGCUGAGGUUCAGGCCCACCAGGAGGUCGUGACUUUGGUUAUCAAGCAGGGUGAGGCUCUCCUGGCGCAGAGCCACUCUCAUGCAGGAGAGGUUUCUCAGAGGCUGCAGGUGCUGCAGGAGCACUGGGAGAAGCUGAAGCAGGAGGUGGCUCUCCGGGGCCAGGACCUGGAAGACAAGCGGAACUUCCUGGAGUUCCUGCAGAGAGCGGACCUCGCAGAGGCCUGGAUCCAGAAGAAGGAGGUGAUGGUGAACACAGGUGACCUGGGCCAGGACCUGGAGCACUGCCUGCAGCUCUACAGAAGGCUCUGCGAGUUCCGAGGUGCCAUGGCCAGGGACACAGUGGGUGAUGCCUACAUCAGGAGCAUCAAUGACUUAUCACUGCAGCUCAAGAACCAGGACCCUGAGGAGAUCAAGACCACCUGCCAGCGGCGAAGCCAACUCAACAACAGGUGGGCGAGUUUCCAAGGCAACCUUCUUCAGUAUCAGCGACAGCUUGAAGGGGCCCUGGAGAUACAUACAUUGUGCAGAGAACUGGAUGAUGUUACUGAGCGGAUUGGGGAGAAGGGAGCCCUGAUCCAGGCCCUGGAGGGUCGGAAAGAUCUGGAGAGCAUUCAGGAGCUGCUGUGGAAACACAAGAUGCUAGAGCAGGAAAUGGGCCUCAUUCACGCUCAGGUGGAGUCCCUUGAGCAUAAGGUGGGCCACCUCUGCCAGAGAAGCCCUGGGGCAGCCAACAGCCUCAGUCACAAGCAACAAGAGAUGAUGGACAGCUGGUCGCAACUCCAGAGCAGGGCCCAGAAUAGGAAGGAAUUGCUGGAUGCCCUGCACCAAGCUCAGAAGCUCCAGGCACUGCUGCUGGAAUUGCUGGUCUGGGCCCAGGGGCUGCGGGCUGAGAUGGACCUGCGAGGUGCCCCUUACAGCCCUGCAGGAGCCAGACACAUGCUGGAAGAGCACCAGGCAUGCAAGGCUGAGAUAGAUGCCCAGAGAGACAGCAUCGGUCUUGUUCAAAGCACUGGGCAGCGGCUACUUGCAACUGGACACCCAUCAGCCCCUGGCAUUCAGCAGGCCCUGGCUGCUUUAGGACAGGAGCUGAGCAGCCUGCAAGGAGCCUGGCAGGAGCACCAGCAGAAGCUGCAGCAGGCCCUGGAGCUGCAGCUCUUUCUGAGCUCUGUGAAGAAGGUGGAGUUUUGGCUCUACUGCCAGGAAGUUUCCCCAACCAGUGAGAAUGUGGGGGACUCUUUGGCCAAUGUGGAGACCCUCCUUUGGAAGCACAAGAGGCUCAAGCGGGGCCUGCAGGCACAGAUGGAAAAGAUCAGCACACUGGAGGCCACAGCCCACAGCCUGCAGCAGGGUGGACAGCCAGAGUCCCAGAGUGCCCUUACCAGGUGGCAGGCCAUGCUCCUGAGGAAAGAGGCACUGGUGGAACGAGUAAGGAUCCAGGGUCGCCAGCUGGAGGAGCUGCAGCAGCUGCGAACUUUUCUGCAGGAUUCUCUCGAGGUGGCCUCGUGGCUGAGGGAGAAGAACCUGGUGGCUCUGGAGGAAGAUUGGCGGGACCCAGCCAAGCUGCAAGCACAGUUACGGAAGCAGCAGAAUUUCCAGGCCGAGCUGGAUGCGAGUGUUCCCCAGCAACAGGAGCUGCAGAAGGAGGGGCAGAGGCUGCUGCACAGGGGCCACCCAGCCUCAGAGACCAUUCAAGAGCAGCUGCAGGAGCUGAAAGAGCUCUGGACUGAGCUGCAGGUCAACUGCCAGAGGAAGGUGGUCAAGCUACAGAAAGCAUGUGAGGUCCUACAUCUACAGCGGAGGAUCAAGGAGCUGGAGAGCUGGCUGGAGCCCAUGGAGAGUCAGCUGAAAGCCCCUUUCAGGGACCAGGACCUACCUGGGGUAGGCAAGCUCCUGGGGGCACAAGGGGAGCUGGAAGCAGCCCUGGAGAGGCAGACCAGUCAGGCACAGGCCCUGCUGGAUCAGGCCCAGACCUCUGAGAGGGAUGGUCACUGCCUCGCCAAAGAUAUGGAAGAGCGGGCCCGACAGCUGCUCCAGAGGUUGCAGAGUCUUCGGGAGCCCCUGCAGGAGCGCAGGGCAGCCCUGGAGGCCCAGAGCCUCCUCUUGCAGUUCUUUAGGGAUGCUGACGAGGAGAUGGCCUGGGUGCAGGAGAAGCUGCCCUUGGCCACUGCCCAGGACUAUGGCCAGAGCCUGAGUGCCGUGCGGCACCUGCAGGAGAAGCACCAGCACUUGGAGAGUGAAAUGAGCAGUCACGAGGCUCUGACCCAGGUGGUGAUAGGCACAGGGCACAAGCUGGUGCAGGCUGGGCACUUUGCUGCCCAUGAGGUUGCUGCCCGGUUGCAGCAGUUGGAGGCAGCCCUGAACCAACUUCGAGCAGAGACCACACGGCGGAGGCUGCUGUUGCAGCAGGCCCAGGAGGCCCAGCAGCUUCUGAUGGAGCUCCUAGAGGCAGGAUCCUGGCUGGCUGAACAGGGCCAUGUCCUUGACAGCGAGGACAUGGGCCAGAGUGCUGAGGCCACUCAGGUCCUUCUGCGGCGACUGGAGGCCACCAGGAGAGACCUGGAGGGAUUCAGUCAGCGCAUGGAGCAACUGCAGCAGACAGCAGCCCUCCUGGAAAGCAGGCAGAACCCAGACAGCCCCAAGGUGCUGGCUCAGCUACAGGCGGUGAGCAAGGCCCACGAGCAGCUGCUGCGGAGGGUGGAGGGCAGGGGACAAGGCCUGCAGGAGCAGCUACGGCUCCACCAACUAGAGCAAGAGACCCUGCUCCUUGAUGCCUGGCUGACCACCAGGGUGGCCAUUGCUGAGUCCCAGGACUAUGGGCAGGACCUGCAGAGUGUCAAGGUUCUGGAAGAGAAGUUUGGUGCUUUCAGCAGGGAAAUCCAGAGUCUGGGGCAGGCCAAGAUACAGGCCCUGAGGGAGCUGGCAGGGCCCCUGGAAAAGGGAGUACCCAGGUACUAUCCCCAGAUUCAAGCCCAGAAGAGCCGCAUUGAGGCCACUUGGGAGAGGCUGGACAAAACAAUCAAAGCACGUGCAGAGAACCUGGCUGCAGCACGGGAAGUUCGUGACUUAGAGCAGGCAGCCACAGAGCUCCAGGGCUGGAUACAGGAGAAAACUUCUCUGAUUGAAGGAGAGAUCCAUGGCCACCACCUGUCAUCUGUGCAGCAGCCCUUGCAACCCCAGCCUAAUAGGCGCCUGCAGAGAGAACUGGCAGCUAUCAAAAAGGAGUUGGCACGGGUACAGAUGGAAACCUGUCGACUAGGCCAGCAGCACCCUGAGGCUCAAGAGGGCCUGACCAAGCAGCUGGCCAAGGUGCAGGAGGUCUGGGCCACCCUGGAGGCGAAGGCCCAGGAGUGGGGCCAGUACCUGGAGCAGGCUGCCCAGGGCCAUGCCUUCCUUGGGCGCUGUCAGGAACUGCUAGCAUGGGCUCAGGAGUGGAAGGUGCUGGUGUCCUCAGAGGAGUUGGCUGGGGACAUGGUGGGGGCUGAGCAGCUUCUUGGGCAACAUGAGGACCUGUGGCAAGAACUCCAAGAGCACUGCCUUCAAGCCCAGGACGUACAGAAGGAAGGGCAGCAGCUGGUGGAAGAUGGCCACUUUAUGUCCCUGGAGGUGGCAGAGAAUCUGCAGGAGCUGCAUUGGCAGCUACAAGAGCUCCAGGCAGAGUGGACGCUGUGCCAGCAACGCUGCAAGGAGAGCUGGGACCUGCAGAAGCUGAGGCAGGGUCUGGAGCAGGCAGAGGCCUGGCUGGCUUCCAGGGAGGGCCUCUUGCUGGAGCCCAGUUGUGGGCACUCAGUGUCAGAUGUAGAGCGGCUGCUCCACAGACACAGGAAUUUAGAAAAGCUGCUGGAAGCGCAGAAGGAGAAGUUUGCCCAGCUGCAGAAAACGACAGAGGAGGCAAAGGGUACCCAUGCCAUGAUGGGGUCUCUGGAGCUUAAGCAGCAGCUUCUGCCUGUGGGGAGGAAGAAAGUGGCUUCCACAAUCCCCCAUGACCUUGAGGGAGCUCAGUGUGAGAGGCUGAAGGACCACCAGGACAGGAAGCACGUGUUCUCGAGGCCAAGCAGCGGGGCAGAGAUCCUGUUUGUAGCACCAUCUGAAGAGCAGGCUGAGAGUUGGCAGCAAGCCGUGGGCAGUGCAGCAGCCCAGAAUCUCAGCCCAGAACCUAAAGCAAGAUUCAUGGCAGAGAGUGCAGCUGCUCUGCUCAGACAUGACUGUCACCACCCAGAACUUCACCCCACCUCGGCCCUGCUUGCCUCAUUCUCUACACUGGGCCAGACCCAGCAGAUGCUCAGCCCUGCCCCGGAGGCUGUACAAGGUCUUUCCUGCUCUAGCCAGCCCCCAGGCCUGGGCCUUGAAGUAAACCCCAAGGCAACACCAAGUAAAGACUCUUUCUAGGGAACCAGUGACAGCUACAGGCAAAGGACAUCCUUACCCUGGCUGCUCAGGACUAGCUUCUGGGAUAGACAGUUCCUAUUAGAUGGGUUCCACCAUGAUCACAAGCUGCUAGUUAUGUCACUUUUAUUGGUCUCUUUAUUUGGUUCAUCUGAUCCCAAGUCUGGCAACCCCCACCACAUGGCAGGAAACAGACCCUCAACUGGACUGUGGCCUUCCCCCAAGGUCCCUGCAUGGAUGAAGAGGACAGCCUGGGAGAGUGCUCACCCAGGCAAGGCCAGGGCUACAGCAGCAGUGACCCUUGGCUCCACUGGCCUCCACCCUGCUUAGAAAGGGUGACCCAAGCAGUUGACCUGCUCCUUGAGGGAAGUCUGCCCUGAUGAGCUCACUGCAUCAGGUACCUGGGGAGACGGUGUGUCAAUCUGCUUUUUAAGCCAGUCCUGGUUAUAUACAACCAAGAACCUGCGAUGACAGAUAAUCUCAGCACUCCUGUUUGCAAGAGUCUCUGUAAUGUAUAAAGUGCUCCACUUCACUCUGUCCAUUUGGCCUCUUUUCC